CGCUAGGGCACUCCCUGAUCAGAAUAGGCUAAUCCUCAGUAGGUCGUUACGAGUACGAAAUACUAAUACCGAGCAGCCUUCAAUUAGGGAGCAUAUAAUUGCAUAUACGUUUCGAUAUAAGAAUGCCCAAAGAGCUUCCAGGAUUCUACUAUGAUUCGGAGAAGAACAGGUAUUUUCCUGUCAAGGGACCAAUCCCUGGCUCUUUCCGGAAACGGAAAUCUCCUCCACCUGCCUCUACUGCCAAGGCAAAAGAGAAGUGUAAAUGCUUGAAAACCACAAGCAAUAAUCUGCUCCAGGCUAGGGAAUUGUAUGGCCAGGUGAUUACUUCCAGGAAAGGGAAAUUCAGUUUUCAAAUGGAAUACCAGAAGAGGCGAGCUUCACAACCUAUGAUUUGGAAAUUUGAUGACACAGAAAGAAUGGUAGAUAAUGCAUUGGAGCAGAUGACUGUUGGUGUAGAGAGGCUACAGGGCAUUGUUGAGACAGAUAUGCUGCUGGCAUGCAGUCAGAAUGGCCUAUUUUGUCUUUUUCAUGUAGGAAAAGAUGGAGAAGAAUUAGAUUAUGGUGUAAAAUUGCCACAUCGUGUAUGGACAUCCAAUGCUGGAGAGUCUACAGAGCGUGUUGAAUUACCCGGGCUUGCAUGGAAACGUCUAAGACCUAGUCAACACAUUCCAUCUACUAUUUCUUGCAUAAAGAUGUGCCAGAGGGAUAAUCAUCCGGUUGAAAACACUUCAACAAAUCAUGUUCUUAUUACAACUUUGGGGUCUGAAAUUUCUGGUGGAUCAGUCCAUAUUCUGAACCUCAGCGAACCAUUUAAUAUAAAUUCAAAUGUGGUGUGGAGGGAAAUUUCUGAGGUUACCUCUUUCAAAAAUACAGUUUGGACAGCUGACUGCACAUUUGAUGGGAGUCGAGCGGUUAUAGGCACCAAUGCAGGAGCUGCUGUCGUGAAUAUAGAUACUGGAACUACGUCAUGGAUUUGUCGUUGUAAAAGUGAUGUUCUCUCUUUACAAUUAGAUCAAUCGGGUAACAUCGCUUUGUGUGGAUUGAGGAAUGGAACAAUUUUUUCAGUUGAUGCUCGCCAAAAACCCAGAAAUAUUUCUAAUAGACUACCUAGGAAUGAGCUUCCUUUCCAUCCUCGUGAGACUUCAAGUGGACGAGCUAAGAAAUUCCACCUCGAACGGUUAUUGCUCAAAGGGAACUUGUGCAGUUUUGAUACAAUAUCUAUGCCAUCAUCUAUUUCUUGCAUUACUUCCCUGCUGUUGCAUGACCAGUAUUUCUUAGCAAGCUCCAUGGAUGGAUCGUUGAAGUUGUAUGAUAAUCGGCUAACUCAGAGAGGAGCUUUGCAAUCUUACGAAGGCAAUGUAAACUCUCAUACCCGCAUACAGCUAGGAGUUGAUCCAUCAGAGAGUCUUGUCAUGUCUGGUGGAGAGGACGGCCACCUUCGAAUAUGGAGUAUCAAGUCUGGUGAAAUGUUGUUUCAAGAAAAAAUCAUGAAUGAAAUCCCGUCGCUACUAUGCUGGCCUAGAAUGGGAGGGAUUUACGGUGUACAGAGGACACAGGGGGCUUGGCUUGGAUCCCAAGAAGGGUUGUUUCAUAUAGGUUGGACUUGAUUUUCGCUCGUUGGUUUUUCGUAGUUGACAUUUUGGCUUACAAUUACGGCAACAGAAUCUCGGCAUAUGUUUGGUAGUUCAAGCUUUCACAUAUUCUUUCAUCCGACUUGACAAAAAGCUGUACAGAAGAACAUUCUAUAGCUAUGUUGAAUUGUUGACCAGUAUUUACAAACUAGUAUCAUCUUCCUAGGUAUAGAUUUUAAUGCUUUAUUAGGGGUUAAAUUUUGUGUAAUAUGGUAUUGGGGUCUUAGUACCCUUUCUCUAGAGUAUUUGUAAUUGUACGUCGGGAAAAAGAAUGAGAUGCUAAUUUUACAUAUGGAUUAAAAUUUGAACUUCCUA